CUUUCCAGAGAUGUGUGGGCGGGAGAAACAGGUAGGUGAGACAACAUAAAUGACCUGCUCUGUAACUCUUCCCCACUCUGGAUCUCCUUCUUCAAGUGAAGAGUUUCCCAACCUUCCUUUUUUCUGUCCUCGCUGUUAUCUUCUGACACAGUCAUGCUGUACACUGAGCUGAUUCAGUUAUGGGAUGAGGCUGUGCGUGCCGUGGACAUCCGAGACUGGGACGGUGCCCUCGCCAAGCUCAUACAGAUCUCUGAGCCAACGUCUCGUACCCUGUUUGUCAAUGCGUCUGUCCAUCUUGCUUUGGGCCAGCUGGAGGAAGCGAUUAAAGCUCUGGAUCAGGUGAUUGCCAAAGAUGAGAGGCUUGCUGUUGGCUUUUUUCAAAGAGCUGCAGUGCACAUGAUGGCAGGAAGACUGGAAGAGGCUCUAGGAGACUGUAUUUGGGCACAGAAGCACAUGAGAGCCAAUGCUGUCAUUGACUACAAACAGCUGGGACUGCGUUAUAGACUCUACAGCUGGCAGGUUUUAUAUAAUGCAGCAGCUGUACACUGUAGACUAAACCAGUGGAAUAAAGCUACAGAGAUCCUGCAAGCUGCUUUACAGGAAGGAGGAGGAAAAGGAGGUCAAGUUGAUUCAGCCAUGCAGAAAGUAGCAAUGAGGGAGCUGAUUGCACCUCUUUUGGUCCCAGAGGGAGUGGUUUUCCGCCCCAAGAAGCAGUAUGUAGAGGAACUUAAGCCCAGAGACUUCCUGGGCAAAGCCGAGGUCAUUAUUUCUAAUAUUCCAAAUGAUGACUUCGGUGGUUUUGAACCUCUCAGGUUGCAGAAACCUGGAUAUUAUGAGCCACAGGUUGAAGAAGGCCAGGACUCACGCUACAUGUAUGUGAAGAAGGCGUACUUUGGGCAGAAUGCAAAUGAGCUCACUGUGCCGGCCGGCGCUUACGUGUACGUGUUCAGUGAAGAGGACAAGGACGGAUUUGUCACAGUCAUAUUUGACGGCCAGAGAGGCCUGCUGCCAAACUUCCUUCUCGAAACAGUGAAGAAAAAUACAAAAGAUAAGAGAAAGAUGGAGAGCAAAGCUAGUGGGAUUCCUCACCCGCCCAGCAUGAAGCCCCCUACACGCCCACAGGCUACCAGCCCUUCUCUUCCAGAAUUGCCAUCUUUGUACACCAGCAGCACACAAACCACAUCGUCUACAGAGGACGGUAGUACAACCCUGAGCCCUAAUGUCCAGCAGAUGACGGGAGCCGACUCGAUCGUAGUUAAGGUGCACUAUACUUACACCAUUGCUCUGAGUGUGCCAAUAGAGACACCAUACAGAGAGCUGCAGGAGAGAAUCGCUCAGAAACUAGGACAGCCUGCUGAACUCAUUCGUCUGAGGUAUAAGCAGCAUGGCUCCACUGUCCUGACGCCUCUCGAGGAGGACGGAGGUGUGAGGAGCCUGGGUGAAGUAGCAGAAGCUGGCCGAGCCACUCUGUGGUGUCAGGCUGAAGAUCCUCUGGCCAACAGGACAAUUCUCUACCACAUGGUGGCACUGUAUGACUAUACGGCACAGGGGCCUGAAGACCUGGAGUUCAGUGAGGGGGACACCAUUGACAUCCUUAGUGAAGUGAAUGAAGAAUGGUUAGAAGGACAUACAGCUGGAAAUAUUGGCAUUUUUCCCAGAUGUUUUGCCUACAGAGACUCUACAGAGAAAGUUACCAUCAGUGAAGCAACACCAGAAGUAAAUGUUAAGUAAAAGUAGUGAGUGUAUAUAGAUUAAGAUUGUUUAUGGGUGUGAUUUUGUAUUAAAACAUCAACAGACCUGUAGUAAUGUAUUGAACAUAUCAUUUCAAAUUCUAAUCAUAUUGAUUAUAUUAAAUUUCAACUGCAGUUGUGUUUGUUUGCAUGUUUAUUGGUGUAUGCUGUUUGGAAAUUGACCUUCAUUUAUGAUAGUAUUAGCUAUGUUAAAUGAUUACUUACUGUAUUUUGUUCCAUUAAAGUUACAUCUUUCUGUCAUUCGUAAUUAUCAGUAACGUAUUGUACAGUUUUCAUAGCUGGUUUGAAUGAAUGUAGUAACUUCAAAUAAACUGGAUUGUCAGACUCUCA